UGAGUAAAAGUCACUUCCUGUUCACCACUAAUUCACCGUGAGAAGAAGGUUGGACUUGUGAGGUGCAUCGCUUGCCAUGGUAAAGCUGGAGCUCCGGGGGGAGAGCUUGCCCUAGGCUGCCCUCCACAUCUCAAAGACGGGGGGCCUCAGCUUCAGUCUGGCUUGCUGCUCCGCGCAAAGGCAGCCCCUGGGAAAGGCUCUCGGGUUGCCUUGCGGGGCAAAAGGAUUCUUCUCAUCCCUUGCACCCUGCCCACGCGCAGCAAGAGUUUGGAGGAGUUCUCUGCAUCCCUUCCUUCACGGCUGAAUGCUGUCUCGGACACAGGUGGGAAUCCAAACUUCGCUGCGGCAAGGACCCGUGAGAGCUGCCGAGGCUGCUCCGCUCAGACACCGGCUUCCCGGCGGGCCAGCGAAGAAGCUGGAGAGAGCUGCGGACACGGGAGGAAGAGGAAUCGAGGGGUCUGUGGCUGAGACCGAAGCCCACAGAUGGCUCACCCAGAUAUGGAAGAAGGAAAUCUGGCAAGAGAUGAACUUUCCCAUGAUUCUCAUGCUGAUGGUCAAGACCCUGGAGGACGUGAACUGAGAAUUGUCCUCGUUGGUAAAAGUGGAGCUGGGAAAAGUGCGACAGGAAACACCAUCCUUGGCAAGAGAAAGUUUGAGUCCAAGCUCAGCGUAAAGUCAGUAACUGAGACUUGUGCUAAAGAGAGGGUAACAUGGGAUGGGAGGGAGGUUGUGGUUAUCGAUACUCCUGAUAUUUUUGAUACAAAGGCCCCUGUUGAAGCAUCUGCCUGUGAGAUCGCUCGCUGUAUCAUGCUCUCCUGCCCAGGCCCCCAUGCUCUGGUGCUGGUUACACAGCUGGGCUGUUACACUGAAGACGAUAUGGCAGCAGUCAGGCGAAUACGAGAGAUUUUUGGGGCUGAAGCGAUGAGGUACACGGUUGUCUUAUUCAGCCGGAAAGAAGACUUAGAAGGUGACUCACUGAAUGAUUAUAUAAGAGACUUGGAUAACCAAGAUCUUCGGAAGUUGAUUAAAGUUUGUGGGAACCGAUGCUGCGCUUUCAACAAUAAAGCAACUGGCACAGAAAGGGAUGAGCAGAUUAAUGAACUGAGGAAAGUGAUUGAGGAAAUGGUGCAGGGGAAUGGAGGCCGAUCUUACAGCAAUGAGAUGUACAAAUAUGCCAAAGAGAAGAUUGAACAACAGGAGAGGGCACUUGAGAAAAAAUACAGAGAACAAGAGGAAGAAAAGGUAAAAGAUAUGAUACAUCACUUCAAGGAGAAAUAUAAAAAUAUAAAGGAAGGCUUAAAGUCAAGGCCAGAGGAAAUAAAGGAAAUGCAUCUAAAACUAGGCGAGACUGUAUAUCGAGCUUUAGAAAUGCUGUCAGAAGCUCAAAAAGCCACAGAGGCAGAACAGGAAGAAAACCUGCUGAAAGAAAUACAGAAGUACUACAAGGAAAAGCCAGAAAGGAAAGGGAGAGAAAAUGAAGAAACUGCUGAAGGUGCACAAGAAAGCAGCCACAUCAAAUUAAAAUUCAUCCUUGUUGGUAAGGAAGGAGCUGGGAAAAGUGCAACGGGAAACACCAUCCUUGGCAACAAAGUGUUUGAUUCCAAACUGGGGGCAAAGCCAGUAACCGAGGCUUGCAGUACAGGGAGCAUGAGCUGGAACGGGAAGGAAGUUGUGGUUAUCGAUAUGCCUGAUGUAUUUUCUCCAGAGGCCAGUGACACAGAAACCUAUCGAGAGAUCAGUCAUUGUAUCCUGCUCUCUGCCCCAGGCCCCCAUGCUCUGGUGCUGGUGACUCAGCUGGGCCAUUACACUGAAGAAGACAAGGAAGCAGUGAAGCGAGUAUGGGAGAUUUUUGGAGUCGAAGCUAAGAGGAACACGAUUGUCCUGUUCACCCGGAAAGAAGAUUUAGGGGGUGACUCACUGAGGGACUAUGUGACAAACUCAGAUAACAAAAAUCUUAAGGAGCUGAUUCAAGAGUGUAAGAACCGAUACUGCGCUUUCAACAACAAAGCAACUGGAGCAGAGAGGGACGAGCAGGUUAAUGAGCUGAUGGAAAUAACUGAGAAAAUGGUGGAGGAGAAUGGAGGCAUAUGCUACACCAAUGAGCUGUAUUCUGAGGUGGAGCGUAUGGGGGUGGAGGAACUGAAGAAGUACAGGAAGUUUGAAGAAAAACUGAGAGAGCAGAUGGCAAAACGAAAGACACCCAAGAGAGAGGCUAUGACUACUAGACUACACAACAUGUUGAGGAGACCCUGGCUGUAAGAGUAAUGACCGAGGCCCAGCAGCUCCCACCUUCCACUGAUCUAUGGAGGAAGGGGCCUGUACCAUUGGGGCAGCCUCCAGGACAAGGUGUAAAAGGCUUAUCCCCCUGGAAGCAACUGUAGCCAUCAUCAGCCAAUAGCAGGGAGCCAGGGACCAGAACCUUCCCAACCUGCCAUGUGAUAAUGAACCUUUUGGAUUUCCUAUUUUGGACUCUGAAACCUACUUCAAUCACUAUGCAUAAACAACCCACCCCACUGCCAAUAAUGCCACCUGCCCUGCAAUAUCGCUGCACCCCACCAUUGCCUCUGUCCUUCUUCCCUACCACUUUCCCUUGUUUUCAUCCCUAAUUUGUUCCCAUAUGCCCAUCCUCCCCCUUUUGCCUCUGCUACACCCUCACAUGCCCUCUACCCCCGAAAAAAAGUUAUUUGUUGUAUGUAGCUACAGUUUGGAAACA